CUCAAAACGCCGACAUCACUGAAGAAAACACGGUUCAAAGUGCCGACAUCGCUCAAGAAAACACAGUUCAAAGCGCUUCAAUCGAUCCCAUAAUAAAUAGUCGCGAACCUGAACUGUCAACAAAUAUUCUCACUUCAGCAAGCGAUCAGUCCGAGACUAACGACGUUCAAGACACCUCAAUCAUAGUUCAAGAUACCAUGGCUCAAGACGCUUCAACCACCACGGCUCAAGACACCAUAACUCAAGACCUUACAAUCAUCAGCACACUUGACGCACUUCAUCUUGACGCUCCAAUCGCCACUAGUACAAUAUCCAACCUACCUGAAACUGUGGAGUCCCACCUCGCGUAUGAGGAAGAGCCUGGUCAAACGCAAAGGUUUCUUGCUCGUAUAGGAAACAACUUCAGGUGGCCUUCCUCGAUGCCAGAACGCUUCAGGAGGAAUUCCUUCAGAAAAAUUGCUGACGUUGAGUUCGAAUUUGACGACGAGAUCGGGUUUAACUUCAUAUUUUUUUACAACGCACUCGACAAAGGCGAAUUUGCUGGACAUGAAAACGAAUGGGUAACGGUGCACAACCAGAAAGUAAUUGAGUAUGGACAGGAGUAUACAGAUGAUCAAUUGAACUACAUUCUUGAGACUAUGCCUGGUGCUAUCCAAGUUCCUGUUGAUCAGACACGUCUACCACGUAGUAAGCCAGCGAAGAUGGUGAUUGGUCAACGUACUAAUAAUGGAGCCGAUUACAAGAUCAGAGUUCGCGUCAGAAGACCUGGUGAAAAUAAUUUAAUCGCUCUGCUUCCACAGGAUUUUUAUGACACCAAGAAUAAAAACAAAAAGUAUACGUGCGGUGCUUGGGAGGAUGGGGGGAGUACAUUGAGAUUAAAAGCUGGGGGAUAUGGGGCGCCUGCGGAACAAAUUCGUGCAUCCGAGAGUUUGGAGGUUUCUAUUGGCGACGACAAUAAUUGGACCAAGUGGGUUCGAGCCAAAUUCCUACUCUGGGAAGAACGUCCCGGAGAUCAAGUGGAAUAUGCCCUUGUCGGUAAUGAUGUUACAGAUCAACUGGCAUAUGUACAUGAGCCAGGGAACCCAUUAAAGUUCUUAGAUAUUGUAGAUGAGGCUAGGCUCACCACGUUUUUGAAUGGAU